AUACAUUUGCCUGGUGUACCCUACACUGAUGUUUUUUUAAGGUUCAGUCUAUAUAUCUAUUCCUAAAAUAAUAUUGACAACAUUUAUAUUUUGUACAAUUAAUAUAUUUUUAAAUUUAAUUCUUCAAUUAUGAAAAUUUUAAACAGGUAGAAGUCGGAGUCUUAAACAUUUCAACUACCAAUGCCACAGCUCUGACCUGAACUGCAAGUAACAAAAUAUUUUUAAACUUAGUAUAAAUGAAACGAAACAAAGAUUUUUUUUUUUAUAUUGAAAAAGGCUAAUUAACUCCGUGCUUGUUAUAAAACAACAAGAGUGUUAUAUUUAACUAAAUGAUAUUGUGUAAAACAAGAGAGAUGUGUUGCACUGUUUCUCAUUUGGCGAGUUUUUCUUGCUAUCUCCGAUGAAGAUCGCGCCAGAGGUAAUCAUUCGCGGUGAUUCACUAUGACGGGAAGUUGCUGCGUUUGGAAAUCUGCCGAGGACGCGAGCGACAUUGUACUUAAUCAACGUGGGGGACUCGGUUAAUUUCUCCUACUAAAUUUACCGACUUACAUUAGAUCGCUUCGGGAUAUACCGAAAUUGUUUUUACUUACAUAACUAGGUUUGGAAGCAAAAAGAGUGUUUAAAGAUGAAUUUGUCUGAAUGAUAUUUCUGAGUUUUUCUACUGCUAUGGCACAUAGUUUAAUAGUGUGCACAGUAGAUGCUCAUCAACUUGCUGCAUUGGUUAGGAACAGAAAUGAUAAUGCAUUGAUACUUGAUGGCCGAUCGUUCUUGGAAUAUAAUGCAUCUCACAUAGUUAAUGCUAUUAAUGUUGGAUGUGCUAAAUUGAUGAAAAGACGUUUGCAACAAGAGAAAUUAAGUAUUGAAGAUUUCCUAGCUCAAAACUGCCACUGGAAUGUUCAUAGGAAUGUAAAUAUAAUUGUCUACGAUCAGAAUACAUGUGACCCAAAAUGUUUACCACCAGACAGUUUCAUGGGAGUAUUUCUUCAAAAACUUUUACCUGUUUACAAGAAUGUCAGCUUUUUGAAAGGUGGGUUUCUGGAGUUUCAAGCAGCAUAUCCCCAUUUGUGUCAAGAUGAAAGAGCUAAAUUAGGGCCUUUGACAUCAUUGUCUCAACCGUGCCUUCCUAUAACUAAUCAUGGGCCCACAAGAAUUUUAUCUUUUGUAUAUCUUGGGUCCCAGAAUGAUGCUCUCAAUAAGGAAAUUUUAAAACAUUAUAACAUUACAUAUCAACUGAAUGUGAGCAAUAAUUGUCCAAAACCAGAUUUCAUUCAAGAAUCUAAUUUUAUGAGAAUUCCUGUGAUUGAUAAUUAUAGCGAAAAACUCUUGCCUCACUUCUCUAAAGCAUUUCAAUUUCUUGACAAAGUUCGAGAAUCUGGUGGUUGCGUUCUAAUUCAUUGCCUAGCUGGGAUUUCUAGAUCUGCAACUGUUGCAAUUGCAUAUGUUAUGAAAACUCUUAAAAUGUCUUCUGAUGAAGCCUAUCGGUAUGUGAAAGCUAAAAGAGCCACAGUAUCUCCCAAUUUUAAUUUCCUGGGGCAGCUGUUGGAAUUUGAAAAACAGUUACAGUUAGAAUCUGUUCUUGUUUUGAAGUCUGAGUCAUCAGCUACAUCUUUGAUUAAUUCAUCUAGUCCUUCAUUCAAGCCUUGUUAUCAGAAAAAUACUUGUGACUUUUUUGAAAACGAUCUGCAGCAUUCUUCACAGAGACAAAUUUCUACUACCUUCUGCGUCAGGUAUGCAGACGAAGCCGAAACGAUCUCUCGGAAAGUUUCAGAAACGAAAGGACCUUACUCAUCUUUAAAAAAAGGUGUGAAUGUCAGCUCAGGUACUUAUAAUUACAUUCCAUGUCAGCAAUCGUCUACAACAUUGAACAUUAAAUGUAUUCCUGUUUCCAGUUUAAAAGAACUGAACUUCACAUCUUGUCAAACAUCAUCGUACAAGUCUUCAAAAAGCAUGAAAAAUAUCGCCAAAGAUUAUGUGAAAAUUCAAAAUUGUGCCACACCACCCUCUAUGACAAUCAGCCCUGAGCCUCUUAGCCCUAGGCGGAAUGAAAACAAACGAAACAGCUAUUUCAUGGAACUUCAUUUGCCGGAUAAAACGGAGCGAAGCAUUGCCUCUCCAGACUUUAUUUCUCCGGGAGAACUUAAAUCUUUUGAGUUUGAUCCCAAAUCCUAUACCAGAUCCGACUCUGUGAGUACUUCUGGCUUGGGCAGUGAUGGAUCGGAUUUUACGGAUAGUUGGACAGAUUUUACUAGUUCCUGUGAAAGAGAAUCCGAUGUUAUGAUGGACGAAGAUUAUUCCUCAGUGCCUUCUAGCGACAGGGUAUUCAGGAGAAGCAAAAGUAGUAGUGAUAGAUGUGGUUUGGAAGAUUCUUAUGAUGAUUCAGUGUCGUUAUAUCCUAAAUAUGAGCUUUAUAAUUUCCAGCAUGGUGUUAGAAAUGAACAUGCACAGACAGUUCCUUUUGCAACCAAAUUGCCUUCAUCAAAGUACGAAGAGUUACGAAAGUACCCAGAGCUGAAUGACAGAAAUUUGCAUCAUAUUCCAGAUUCUCCCGAUUCUGGUAAAACCCAAAUGCUUUACCGGGCUCAGUCGUGUCCUGGCAUGCUCAGUUCCGAAUUAUCCUCCUACCAAAAUGCCACUUCUGAGAGAAAUGAACUUUCUGGCAACGUUAAACUGCGGAAAUCUAAAGCAAAAUCCACUCAAGACAAAUGUCGGAAUCGUUACAGUUGCAGCAGCAUAGAUUACAUGGAAUAUUCUGUUAGCACUCAUGAGUCUUGUCCAGAUACACUGCAUUUAGAAUCUGGUUCUAAAAAUUCUAUUUCAUCUUCACAUUGCAACUAUAGACACAGCAUGAUACAAGUUUCAUGAAUCAUUCCAAUUUAUAGUUCCUUUACUUGUUAUACCAAAAUAUUUCUUUAACGCUCAUUACUUAAACAUUCAAAUUUUAUGAUCUUUAAGAGUUGUUUUUUUUGUGAAAUGUUAUUUACAUAAAAUGUUUGUUUGUUUGUUAACAUUGAUAACUUUUUCUUCUUUCAAAUAAUUUAUUCAUUAAAGGUAGCUUGAAAGUUUGUUUAUUGCUUUUGUAGUUCUUAAAUUAUUUCAUAUUUAUUAUUUGUAUAAGUUAAAUGUAUUUUUUUUAAUUUUAAUUGUGGCAAUCUAAUAAGUAAAUAGUUUAAGUGAAAUAUUUGCUUCCUCUUAUUUCUAUUCCUAAACCCUUUAUAUUUAAUUUAAUGUUAUUUAUUUAUCAAAAAAAUUAAAUUUAAAAAAAAAAAUUAAUUUUAAGGCUGUUCUUCAAGAACUCCUUUGUCUUAGUGAAUAAUAUUCUAUUUCUUUUUACUCUUGUAAGUUUUUAACAGUUAAUAAUAACUGUUAGGUUAAGUUUUACCUGUCUUUAGCCAGUGUUAUGAAAAUAAUGGAAAAUGUCAAUAUGAAAAAAAGGACAAAGUUUUGUGAAAAAUAAGGAGCAUUUUUGAUCUAAUUACAUAAUAUGAAGAUAAUAAAAAGAAUUAAAUAAUAUGUAGCAUUUUUUUGGUAUUUGUAUUAUACCAUCUGUGACUUUUAGUCUUAAUUUACGUCAAGUAAAGUGGAUAAUUUUGCAUUUGGAAUGAUAUUGGUUUUAAGAAUCAAAAUGUAAAAUUUUUUGUUUUUAUUCAUAUAAGAAAUCACAAUACUUUUUAAAUUAUCUUUGAAAAAUAAAUGUUAUUUCGAAGAAAAAAAAUGCAAAAUGGCAUAGUUAUAAGUAAAAUUGCAAAACUAGCCAUUUUGAUUGGUAUGUUAAUUCUAGUGUUAAAAACAUUAGAUGUAGAAUCAAAUUAUGCAAGAUACGAAAGAUACUUAAUCAAGAUAUUCGGAAUACAGUCGAUAAAUUGUAUUUUACCUUGAAACAAGAUAGAAGCCCACUUAUCAAAAAACUCACGAGAGAAACUAUUUUCUUAUUCACUACUAAAUAAUGCAUAAGCACUAUAUUUUUGCUAUUCUCACAGCACAUAGUUUAAUUUUUUUUUUAUUACUUAGAGAUUUCAUGUUAUCUUAAUAUUGUGCUAAUAAUAGUUUAUAGUGUAUAUAUGUGAGAAAUCUGGUUAAUAUGAAUAUUGUAGAUGGGGAUUUAAGAACCAUACUCCUUCAAUCUAUUAUAAAAUUUAAAAAAAAAAACAUUCAAU